AUGACAUCAAUGGACGAAGGUUAUGCACACUUGUUCAGGUAGUGCAAUUACACAACGUAAAAUGCAUUUGGUGUAUGGCAUAACUGCUGCAUUAGCUUGAUGACUACAUAACCAUUUUUUCCUAGUUUCUGUGCAUGGAAGUUUUCAUGAGCAUAAAAGACGGUGAACUUUUUCCUUCAAAUUGCACUCUUUUUGCGAGCAUCUUUAGUUAAUUGCAUGACUGAAUCCAACGUCAGUAGUCCUUGAACUAGGUAAUUCAUACAUGUGUACAUACAUAUAUUGAUUUUUGCAUUUUCAUGUACACGAAAUGAAAUGUGUGUUGCUUUUGCUCUGCAUGAGAAAGCAAAAUUGUUGUCCGUUCCGUGCUAAAAUCUAUGCAAAAUUCAAACUAUUGACAACAUCCAGUCCUGAUGAAUUUCUAUCCGACGCCGAAUGUUGACACAUCCUCCUUAAUUUUGGUUUUCAAAUUCAAAGGAUCAUGAUUGUAUGCACGGGUGGGAUCAUAAGUAUAUGUACAUAUGCAAAUUAGAUAUUCAUAGCUCCAGUCGGUCGACAUGAUUGUACGCGUUAUGUGAUUUCAUAGUGCAAUUACGAUUGGCAAAACGAAACUAAAUAAAUAUAGGUGCGGGUCUAAAUUCAAGCAGGUUUCAGCACUACUGGGCGAUUUUUCUGGUCUACUCCCACGACCUUCAGUUAAUCUUCCUUAAUCCAAAUUGAGCCAGUCGUAAAAGCCAACAAUUCUUGCAUACCUGUUUUGUGGUGUUUUCAUUUUUAGUGACAGGUUUCGCUAGAUUUUGAGAAUUUACACGUGAUAUAACUCGUCGAUUCCAGUUUAGUAAAUAUUUUGCAGCGAAAAUUGUUGCAGUAAUUCUACUCAUAAACAAAUUUUCCAGUCAUGAAGUGCAAGGUUUUUCUGGUACACGUGUCUCUUUUGAUGCAUGCAAGAUUACUGCACGGCAUCAGCGUGGAAGAAGAGUUGACUUUGACACAGCAAGAAAAGAAUGCGCUCGAUAAGUUUAAACUGAUCGUAGAAAACGAUCCAUCCGUUCCGGAAGCGUACAUGAAGGAGGAUAUUUAUCUCAUACGAUGGUUGAGAAUUGGGAAAUUGGAUUUGGCGAGAACUGAAAAUAAGUUCAAAGAGCACCUAAGGUGGAGACAUGACAAUAAGAUUGGCACGAUAUUGGAGGAGGACUUCUCAGCAGUGGGAGAAACUUUCCCCAUGUUUCUUGAUGGAGAAGACAAAACUGGACGACCAAUCAUUGCUGCAUCAGCCUCCGCUUGGGACGUACGAAGAGGAGUCAUCAGUGGGUCAAGAGACGCUGCUGUGCGAUAUAUUUAUUAUGCAAUUGAAUAUCAGGCCAGGAAAAUCAGAGAAAAGCAAAAACUUGGGCAAAACGUGACACAAAUCCAGGUCAUUUUGGAUCUCAGUGGAUAUAACAUCGUGCAACAUGGGUGCCUAAACUGCAUCCCAAUCUACUUGGAAUUCGUCAGGACGUAUGUUUAUCGAUAUCCUUACUUGGCAGAUUCAGUAAUUUUUGUCAAUGUUCCGCCCGUGUUCGAGAUUGUCGUGCAGACUUUAAAUCUACGAAAUGCAAGAACCACUCAAAUAAAGAUUUUUGGACCAAGAAAAAGCGAAUGGCAAAAAUAUCUGUUAAGUAUUGUAAAUAGAGACCAACUUCCAAAAUUUCUGGGUGGCACAUUGGACGACGACACGUAGUUUUUUGCUAAUUUAUGUGUUUGGUAUUGAAAUAAAUAUAAAUAUAAAUAUGA